ACUUUGGCCUUUCAGAUUGUUGAAUAUGGGAAUGCUAUCAAUGAAGGAUUUAUCGGGUUAGAUAUUGGACCACUCACUGUCAGUGAGUUUAGCAAAGAGCUAGAUGAAGCAAAAACUAUCAUUUGGAAUGGACCAAUGGGAGCGUUCGAGAUUGCCAAAUUUGCUCGUGGAACAGAGGAAAUUGCAAAAAAGUUGGCAAAAGUAGAAGCAAUAACAAUCAUAAAAAAUUGGGGCUUGACGAGAAGAUGACCCACGUUUCAACGAGCUCCGCAAAUUGCUUCAGUUUUGGCGUUUCAGAUAUCCUCGCUAUCUAGUGCAAUUCCUGGAGGUUUCUUAAAAUAAACCCCUGCAAUAAAAUCAUUUGUCUAAUUUUUAGUUGGCGGGCCUUUAUUUCCCCUUUCCCUCUCAUUUCUUUUUCCCAACCCCCUUUCCCUCUCAUUCUACUAAACUCUACAUAUCUAACCAAACCUUAACUCCCUCUCUUUUUCAAUCAAAGUUUUGGGGUUCUCAGAAUUCCCCCCAUCAUGACAUUCGUCACCACACAAAAGCUUGAUGAAGAAAGGUUUGCAAAACUUUGGAGCGAGAAGCUGAAUAUUCUCUCUUCUUUCACAGAUCCAAAUUUCUCUUUUGUUCUGUUUUUGAUUCCUACUCAUCUCAAGUCAGCCAAUGGUUGGUUCUGAUCCAGGUACUUCGGGAGCUAGCUGAGCUUUCUGCUGACUUCAGAGUUUCAUUCGGAGUUGUCGAGAUGGCGAGAACUCGUGCUACCGGACGUGGUGGACGACCACCUUUGCCACCUGUUAGAGGCCGUGGACGCGGCCGUGGUCGUGGUAGAGGUAGGGCAGCAAGGGCAGUACCAGUUGACCCACCAGUUGCCCCUAUUCAGGACCAGCCUCCAGCUGUUGAUGCUCCAGCAGCACCUGUUCAGGCACCGGCAGUGCCUAAUGUGAUUCCUGGUCUUCAGGAGGCUUUAGCUCAGAUCUUAUCUGUCUGCACUGGUCUGGCUCAAGUAGUUUCAGCCUCUACUGCCGCAGCUACUUCUCAGAUCGGGGGUGAUCAUUAGACUCCCGCAGCUCGCACACCCGAGCCAGUCGUACAGGGAUUACAGACACCGGAGGCAGCCCCAGCUCAGCCAGUUGCACCGGUUGCCCCAGUUGCGCCAGUCGCACCAGCUCCAGGGUAUAUUGUUUCGGUGAUGCCAGACGACGAGCAGCGUCGACUUGAGAGGUUUGAUAGACUCCAGCCUCCGAAAUUCAGCGGUACUGAGGGCGAAGAUGCCCAGGAAUUUUUGGACAAGUGUCAGCGGAUGCUUCGCACUGCAGGGAUAUUAGAGUCUAGUGGGGUGUCUUUUAUCACCUUUCAGUUCUCAGGGCCAGCAUUUACAUGGUGGGAGGAGUUUGAGAGGCGUAGGUCUGCAAGAGCAGUACCCCUUACUUGGCAGCA